AUUAAAUUCAUUCAUAGAUCAGUCAUCAAGUUUACAAAAUUUGGCGGGAAAAGUAAUUUGCAAAAUAAGCAUUUUUGCAAUUCGCGAAGCAAAUUGUAAAGUACAUUAUCUAAAAGAAAAGAACACCCAAAAUUAAACAUGUCUCAAGUUACAGAAAACACGUCAUUAAAGUUAAAUGGAAAUGUAAAAGAUGUAGCAAAUGAAAAUCAUGAUAUUAAGGAGGAGGAUGAAAAUAAAGGCGAACAACAGUAUUUGGAUUUGAUAGCUCAAAUUAUUGAAAAAGGUGUUGAUCGUGGUGAUCGCACUGGAGUGGGCACUGUAUCCAUUUUUGGUGCUCAAAUGCGUUUCGAUAUGCGCAACUCAUUUCCAUUGUUAACCACAAAACGUGUAUUUUGGCGUGCGGUGGCCGAAGAACUAUUGUGGUUUGUACAUGGUUGCACUGAUGCCAAAAUAUUGCAAGAGAAGAACAUACACAUUUGGGAUGGUAAUAGUGAUCGUAAAUUCUUGGAUAAACUAGGUUUUACCGAACGCGAAGAGGGUGAUUUGGGUCCGGUGUAUGGUUUUCAAUGGCGUCAUUUUGGUGCCAAAUAUCGCACUUGCCACGAUGAUUACUCCAAUGAGGGUGUGGAUCAGCUGAAGGAGGUCAUCAAUACAAUACGUACUAAUCCCAAUGAUCGACGUAUUAUUAUGUCAGCCUGGAAUCCUCUCGAUAUACCACAAAUGGCUUUGCCGCCCUGUCAUUGUUUGGCACAAUUCUAUGUGGCAAAUGGUGAACUGUCAUGCCAGUUGUAUCAACGCAGUGCUGACAUGGGUCUGGGUGUACCAUUUAAUAUAGCUUCAUAUGCUUUACUAACAUAUAUGAUUGCUCAUAUUACCGGUUUGAAACCAGGAGAUUUUAUUCAUACCACUGGUGAUACUCAUGUUUAUAAGAAUCAUAUUGAACCAUUGAAGGAACAACUGAAACGUAAACCUCGUCCUUUCCCUAAAUUGCUCAUAAAACGUGAAGUUAAGGAUAUAGAGGAUUUCAAAUUUGAAGAUUUUGAAAUUGUCGGCUAUAAACCUUAUCCAAAAAUAGAAAUGGAAAUGGCUGUUUGAGUGGGUUUAAAGUAAACAAUAUUUUAUUGAAUCUUAACUUUUUUUAAAAGAAAAAUAUAUAAGUAUUAUUUUUAAA